UGCUAAGAGCAGACAUGUCUGUAACUUCGGAAUAGUUACACGGAAAUCGUCGCUUUUCGGAAUGUUUUCUUUUUUGGAGACAGCCUUGUACUCAGCGCUGGAGGUCGCAUAUACUUUUCCAAGGAUAUAGAAGGUAAUUCGUUGCUCGAAUGCUGCGAUUUUCGAGGAAACCUUCAGCCAAAGAUAAGCAGGCAAAAGGGAAGAACUCUAAACCUGGAAAAAGUAAAGGAAAAAAUAAGCAGCCAGUUGCACCAGUUGAAACCAGAGAUGGAAGAAAUAACUUGAUUGGGAUUCAAGAAUGCAGGAAGUUGCUGGCAAGCAUUUCAAAGAAGAAGUCUGCCAAGUGUGUGGCGACAUUUCGAAGAAGGUCACAGUUGUCCAAGACUCUAGUGGAAGUGCUCAUGGAUGACAGUGUUUUACCUUAUUUCAUGGAAUACAUGCAAAAGCAAAAUGCCACAAAUUUGUUAAACUUCUGGCUUACUGUAGAGACGUUCAAAUUAUCAACUAUAAAUCGUUUGAGAAUAAAUACUAUGUCGCAGUUAAAGUCUUCAAAAGGGGAAAGUGUUAAUGCCAUCGAAGAUACUAGUGACGGCACAUCUGAUUCUUCUCAGUUAUAUACUCUAAAAAAUUCAGUAGAUGGCACUUACAUUUCAAGUGGGACAACAGAUCAAUUGCGCUCUGUGGAGGAUGAUGAGUUUGGUGACUUCACUGGUUAUAGGCCAGAACCAUUCUCAGCUGUUCAUUCCAUUUCAAAGGAUGCUAGUGAUAGUUUGUUGUUGUGCAAAAACUGUGGACAUUUGAUCAACCUUUCCUUGUCAAAGAAGGAUGUAUGUAAUCACUGUGGACAUAACUUUGAUUACAAACAAACCAGCAAUUGUGCUGGCGGAUCUAAUGAAUCCUUUGGCUCUAAUGAGCAACAGACAAUUAUGAAUAGUAGUUUAGAAAAUGGUAUUAAUCAACCAGACUGUAGUAAUCAGUCACUGGUCAACAAUCAAGGUUCUUUAAAGAUGAAAGAUGGAGUGCGAACAUCUAAAGUUACAUUUGAUUUAACACCAGACUUUGAGGAUGGAGAACAUAGUUUUCGUCGGAGAAGAACACGAAGUAUUGUCAUAGAUGCUAUUAGUAUUUAUAGCAAGUACAUUUCACUUGAAGCAUCAAAUCCAUUAGGGUUGGAGGAGUCAAUUCGAAGACAGAUUGAAAUUAAUAUCUGCAGUGAAGAUGGAAAGAUUUCUUCAGAUUCCUUUCAACCAGCUCAGAAGUUUGCAUUUGAUGUUAUGGAAAGAAUGUACUUCCCUGCUUUUCUUGCCAGUCCUUUUUAUUGUAAGCAUCAAAUUGAUAUCUUAACAAGUGGAAAAGUGUUUCUCUCAGACAUUUUGUACAAUCAAAAUGCCAUGUUUUAUUUUAUGGAGUAUCUAGAACAAGAAGGAACUCAACAUAUGCUGGAGUUCUGGCUAACAGCAGAUAAUUUUCAGUCUCACUUAGAAUCCCAAAUCCAAAUCAACCAGUACAGUGCACAGCAUGCUCUGAGUGAUGCUAUGAUUAUAUAUGACAAGUAUUUUUCCAUGCAAGCAACUGUACCUCUUGGUUUUGAUGAUGUUACAAGAAUUGAGAUAGAGAACUGUAUUUGUCGUGAAGGUGGCCCUCUACCAGAAUGCUUUACAAAACCCAUGGAACAUGUCCUUUGCCUUCUUGAGGAGGUGUUUUUCCCAAGUUUCCUUACAAGCCCAAUCUACUACAAGUACCUCACAGAGCUGCUCAAUUCUGUUAGUGAGAGUCAAUCCUCCCAGACCCUGUCGGCCUCUGUUGGAAGUGAAGAUGAUGUUAGGAGACCUGGUACUCACACAUAUGAAAAUAGUCAUUUAGUGAAGACAACAUUUGGGUCAGACCUUGAUCUUACAGAAGACCCAGAUGCUCUUUGGCAAAGACCUUAUGCUGGGCUAUCACUUGGCAAGGUGAAUGAGUUUGGAAUUUUUGAACCAGUCUUUGAGCCUGAACCAGACAGAGGAAAUGGUACCUCCAAAGCUUCCAAGCUUGGGAAGGCCCUAAGGAAGUUGGUGUCUGGAGGAGAAGAUAAGGCUAAAGAAGAAAUGGCUUGGAAAAUUGCUAAAAUGAUAAUUGAAGACGUAAAGAAAGAGCAAACUGGAAAUACUUCAGCAGGCUUAUGGACAGAGGAUGAUGAUAUGGCCUGAAUCGAAAAGGAACAGUUCAAUAUCACAAUGUGUUCGGGUUAGCUGUUAGGCAAACUCUUUAUAAUUUCCCUGUUUUCUUGAAAUAGUUUUCUUUUAGUGAAGUGUCAUUAAAACCAAACCCAUAAAAUCAAAACAAAGAUUAAUAUCUAACGAGCCAAAGUCAACACAUGUGAUCAGCUUCAAGCGCGGGAAAAGGCGGGAAAACGCGAAUAACUAAGCAAUGGCUUUGUUUCUGAUUGGCUGGCAAAGUAGCGUAGGUUUUCUAAACCAAUCAGAGAGCCUGUAAACCAAAUCCUUGAAUGCUUUCCAAGAUUAUCUUCCACGUUAAAUUGGAAAACUGCUGUUUCGUUAGAAUGCGCCAUUUAGGUGUAGACAUUAAAAGGUAGCAAAAUUUUUCGACAGUUUAUCUUAUUUACAGAUAAGCACGUAAGAAUGUGAAGAAAAAGUAGUAUUUUUUAAGACCUUUUUCGAUUUUAGCAUAGAGUUUAAACUUCUCUCAAAUUUUCAAGAAGAUGUAUGAAUUAACAGUAUUUGUAAGUACAAACAAGGGAGCGCGCGCCAUCCCUACAGUGGUACAUUGAAUGUAUAUAGGUAUCCUUUUUUGUUAUUGACCUCGUAUUUUGGAAUGGCAGUGAAAAUAAUUUUUUCGAAAUUUAACAUGGAGAUUUUUAGGAAAACUUAUCUCUUCCCCUGUAUGAGCUGAUCUAGAAAGACAGAUUUGUACUUAGUAAGCAUGACAUUUGAAAUGUUGUUUGGAAUUUAUUGAUAAUAACAGAUUUAUAGUUAUCAUAACAACAAAUAGAUUAAUUAGUUCAAAGUACAUAAACGAGGAUAUUCUACUGUUUA